GAAAUAUCUAAUGACCUCAUAAGGAUGUAGUUUUAUCACCAUAUUUAGAAAAUACUAAAUUAUAUACAUUCUAAUCGAACAAUACUUAAAGCUCCCUAAACAAACCAAGAAUGGUCAAAUAUUAAGUUUUAAGAAAAUAAACAGGUUUGGGAUCGAGGAUCAUUAGAUAACCUGACUCUAGUGUAGAGGAGUAAAUAAUUGAAACUUGCAAGUCACUUAUGCCAACAAGACCAGAUAAACAAUAAUCAAAAUAAAAAAAUGGAACUUAAUCUGUCUAAGAAAAACCAUAAACAAGAGAGAAUCUUGCAUCUCGACUUAGAACUCCGAAAUCAGAGAGUUUAUUUAGAAUUAAGAGUCAAGAAAAUUAAAUUGAAGACUUUUAGCCAAUCAAUUAAUAAUUCAACUAUGUGGAUGAAAUUCCCUUGGAUCACCCAAUUUGGAAAUUAAUUUUGCCAGAUGUUUAAAGUGUUAACAUUCCUAAGCUUAUCAAUGACAAUCCAGAUUAUUUCCAUCAUUAAUUAGGUAAAUCUAAUGGAAUAAAUUUAAUUUCUAGGUUUUUGCGCUUGCUAUAAAUGCGAAUGUGGUUAAUGCAAAUGUAAUUUCUCUAAAAAUUGUAAAUUGAAUUAUUAAUCUUCUCAAAAUACUGUUUAUGGCAAAGAUUUCUUACAUAAGCAAACUGGAUAUAAUUCUCUUCGACCAUUGAAUUAAACUUAUUAUUCCACUCAAUUUUGUAAUCAAAAACCAAUCGAUCAGCAAAGUUCACAUUAAGUAAGUUCAAAAUUUAGAUUUAGACAUCAUACAAGCAAUUCAAGAUUCCUGUAUAAGAAAUGCUUAGGCCAUAAUCACAAGAGCAUCGAGGAGAUUUCUUAGGCAAUAGUAGCUACAAAGUACCUUAUUCAUUGAAAUUUCUAGACUUAAUUCAAAUUCUGGGGACCACCAGAAACUGCUCAUUUUAAGAGGCCAGUUCAUUAAAGUGUGAGUGAUUAAAUACCUUUCACAGCUCAAUCAUUAUAUAAAGAUUCAUUUGCAAACAAACCUUAUCAGAAGCCUAGCGAUUCUUUAAAGAUGGUUACAGAAUUGUAAAUUUUUAUAUGCUUAAUUGAAGGACUCCUUUGCCUACUGGAUAACCAUUUGUCUCAUAAUCGUAGACGCAAUUAGCAUAUUAACCAUUUAGAAUAUAAAAAAACCCUAAAUUAAAUAGUGACAAAAUCAUAGAUUAUGGAAGAAGCCCUAAAUAUGAUACUCAAUAUAAAAGUCUAGUUCAUACAGAAUACACACCAAAAAAAUAAAAAUAUUGUCCUGCAAAGGAAUACAUAGCUCAUUAUUAAUAAAGAACAUAAUAAAAAUUAAAAUAAUAAUAGUGA